ACUGGGCGGGGGGGGGCCGCGACUAGAGCGAGUCUGCCCCGCCCGGAGGCGGCGGCGCGAGCAGAAAUGAGUGGCAUGGACUCCUAUAAAGUGAUGCUAGACGGGCCAGCGCCCUGGGGAUUCAGGCUGCAGGGGGGCAAGGACUUCAACAUGCCUCUCUCCAUCUCCAGGCUGACCCCUGGUGGCAAGGCAGCCCAGGCUGGCGUGGGAGUGGGCGACUGGGUGCUGAGCAUCGAUGGGGAGAACACCAGUAGCAUGACUCACAUCGAAGCACAGAACAAGAUCCGUGCCUGCGGAGACCAUCUUUCCCUCAGCCUGAGCAGAGUCCAGUGCCUCCUGGGGAAGUCACACAAGGAUUCAUUCCCCUGCUCUCAGCCCCCGAAAUAUAACUUCGUUCCUAGCACCACCCUCAACAAAACGGCCCGGCCCUUCGGGGCCAGCCCUGCGCCCAACUCGCUGCCUGGGCUGGUGACGAAACCUGUGACGUACACGGCCCCUGCCUGCACGCCCCAGCACAAUGGGUGCAGAACCUUGACAAGUCAGGUCGGUGCUGGCCCCAGCCCGCCAGAGGGGAAACCUCAGCCCCGUGGAGACCUGGGCCGCUCCUACGUGGAGGAUGAGCACGCUCUGCGGCUAAUGAGCCCCCCAGCCGGCCUGCCCAAUGACUCCAGCAAAAAGCGGCUGAUUGAGGAUACGGAGGACUGGCAGCCUCGCACGGGCACAACCCAGUCCCGCUCCUUCCGCAUCCUGGCCCAGCUCACGGGCACAGAGUUCAUGCAAGAUCCAGAUGAGGAGCAUGUUAGAAAAGCCAGCCAGGUGUCUGGGCUGGAGCCAUCUGUGGUGGCAGCGCUGAAGGUGGAGCCUGAUCACGGUCCCGCUGCUCCGGGCCCUGCCAGCCGCCCGCCCUGGGCUGUGGAUCCUUCCUUUGCUGAGCGCUAUGCCCCCGACAAGACCAGCACCGUGCUGAGCAAACACCGCCAGCCGGCCAUGCCCACGCCCAUGCAGAACCGCAGCUCCAUCGUCCAGGCCGCCCAGCAGCCCCCCGAGGGCACCAGCAAAACCCCCAUCUGCUACCAGUGCAACAAGGUCAUCAGGGGGCGCUACCUGGUGGCCCUGGGGCAUUACUACCACCCGGAGGAGUUCACGUGCUGCCAGUGCAGGAAGGUGCUGGACGAUGGGGGUUUCUUUGAGGAGAAGGGCUCGGUCUUCUGCCCCAAGUGCUAUGACAUGCGCUAUGCCCCCAGCUGUGCCAAGUGCAAGAAGAAGAUUGGUGGGGAGAUCAUGCAUGCGCUGAAGAUGACGUGGCACGUGCAGUGCUUCACCUGCGCUGCCUGCAGAACUCCCAUCCGCAACCGUGCCUUUUACAUGGAGGAGGGGCAGCCCUACUGCGAGAGAGACUACGAGAAGAUGUUUGGCACAAAAUGCCGCGGCUGCGACUUCAAGAUUGAUGCUGGGGACCGGUUCCUGGAGGCGCUGGGGUUCAGCUGGCAUGACACCUGCUUUGUCUGUGCGAUCUGCCAGGUCAGCCUGGAAGGGAAGACGUUCUACUCCAAGAAGGACAAACCCCUCUGCAAGAGCCAUGCCUUCUCCCACGUGUAAGGGGAGGCUCACGCUGCACACGCUGGCCCUGCACACACCUGUCUCUGCCCCUUCUCUUGCUCCAGGAGCAGGAGCUGGAGCUGCCGCUUCUGGCCUGGGCAGCACCCUGCUCUGGUCAACCUUGGAGGCAAAGCUGAGCCUGCUGCUCUCUUGACCCUCAAUGGUCUGUCUUCUGUCUGGACUAUGUUCUGUGUCCCUCUGGUGUUCUCACCAGGCAGUCCCCUCCCCUCCCCUCCCUUCUGUGCCCACAGCCAACUGAGCCAGGCACCUCAGCCGGGGGCCAGACCUGUCCCAUGCUGAGCCUAAGGGGGGAGAGGCUUGCUGGAGCAGGGCUGCUCUCACCCUACAGGCUGGCCAGCUGGAUCCAUCCUUUUUCCCCCUCCCCAUGGCCCCUGUGUGGGACUGGUGCCUCUCACCUGGCCAGGAGUGGGGAAUCCUGCAGGGCUGCUCCAUUCCUCCUUACCAGGGGCCCUGGCCUUGCUGGAAGCCCUUGCGUCCUGGGCAGGGCACACAGCUGGUCCCCGAGCCCAGGCCUGCCUGGUGCCUGCUCUUGGCUGUCCUGGAAGGAGCUAUUCCACACCAGCCACAUGGCUGCACUGAAAACGACUGGCCUUGUUCCCUGCCACCAUGCAGCUGCUAUCCUGCCUGGGCCGCACACCUAGCCUGGCCCCCCAGCCCCCCGAGGUGGGUCUCUGCCCCGUGUGUCUGGUGCCCCUGCACAAAGGCUGUUCCCAGCUCCCGGCCCUGCAGUGGUCCCAGGCAAGGCAGUAGCAGACGUGCUGCCCCUGUAGGACAGACCUGGACUCUGCCACCAUGGAGGUGGGGGGGAAGCUGAAAGCCGUGUGGAAGAGGAAGCCUCUCACCCUGCCCGCAGAAGCGGCUGUUUCACUGGUGGGGGCGUGGGGCAAGGAGCUGGGCCCUCUGUGAGGCAGGCAGGGCCGGGCCAGGACCUAGGCACUGAGUUUGCUGGCAGCUUGGCCGCCUCACCCGGAGCUGCCCUGCCGGGGGGGGGGCCGUGCGUGGUGUCGCCACGGUGCUUUUAGUGCCUUAAUAAACACUUAUCUGGCAAGUGUCAGCUGCCCUGGAGCCUGUGCUUCUUGCAGAGCCUGGGGCAGGACCCAUCUGCCUCUGAGUCCCUCCCCAAGCCAUUGGCUGAAGGCUUCUUUGGCUUUCCUGAGGGAAUUGCCCCCUGCUGCCUUCUCUUAGCCCCAGUGCUCGGCUACCUCCUCCCGAGCCUGGCAGGACCUAGGCCCUCUGCUGGGUGUGAGAUGCUGCAGGGGAGGACAAUCCCCCCUGCUGCUCCUGAGUCCCAGGAGGUGUCUGCCACCAGGGCCUCGGGACAGCCAGGGCUCGGCCCUCUGCUUUAGCAGCACCUGGGAGCUGCUCUGAGCCAAACUCCUCCAGGCUGUCAGAGCGGCCCUUCCUGCAGAGCUACCCCAGGGCGCAGAGGAGGGGACCGGCCCCAGCGGAGUGUGAAGAGCAGUUAGCUAAGGGGUCAGACCAAGCCGUCUGGCUGGGUAGCAGCAGCAAAACGGGGGAGGGGGGCUACUGGUUCCCCAGGGGCAAGACUGAGACACUGAGUGAUUCCUUUCCAUGAGUCAUCCCCUCUGAGGAUGGUGGCGACACCUCCCUCCCACCUGCUCUUUCCUGGCAGCAAAGAGGAGGCACUAGCAGUGAGCAAGGUGUCGGACAGAGAGAGGCCGGAACAAACUGAUCAUUUCCAAUGUACUAAGUCACCAGGCCCCUGGGGGAGGGUCCAAGCCACGGGUGCAGAGAGCAUACGCAUGAGUUAGCAGAGCUGCUGCUCUCAGACCCAGGGAACUGCUGUAAGAACAGCUCCUGCCUCGAGGACUGGACAGUAGCAGAGGUACCUAGACUUCAGCCAGGUUCGGAGGGGGAUGGGGAGGGCUGACUAGUCAAUCAUAGCUCAGGGGCUAGCGAAGGGCUUGGAAUGAGGAUCAAUAAUCGAAUACCUGGUAGGUCGU